AUAUUUUCAUUGUUAGAGUGGCCAAUGGAGUGUCUGGACAAUAUAAUGGAUAAUCUGUGAUAUAAUAGACGAUAUUUGGUUUAGUCUAGUCCAUUGACUGAAUUUAACAAAGUAUGGACAGCGUUUGUGUACUUUACGGUUUCACAUUUGUAUUUUCCUUCAAUCAGUGUGGUGUUUUGUAUGAUUGACAAACCUCCUCAUGAAAAUAGCCAAUCGUAGUUGAUUAUAGGAGGGUACAAUUUAUUUUCCGCUAACGACUCCUGGAAGAUAAACCUAAAUAUUAGAAAAUACUGUAGCCACUUCGAAACCAACUUCCAAUGAAAACACACUAUUAUUCAUGAUAUGGAUUCUACAGAUAAUUAUUUUAAUUCACAUUGGGUGACAAAUCCUCUGAUCCAGGCUUAUCUCACUCUUGACCAGAACCUGCCAGUGCCACAGUUAACGUUCCCCCUCCAGGCCAACUCCUCCCUUAAAUGAGAAUGUCUCUGGCCCAGAGAGUCUUCCUGUCCUGGACCUUCACCCUCAUCUUCCUCAUCAUGCUGGUCCUCAAACUGGACUCCAAGAUCCACUGGAACUGGUUCCUCAUCUUCCUCCCUGUAUGGACAUUUGACACCAUUCUCAUCCUCAUGCUGGUGGUGAAGAUGGCGGGUCAGUGCAAGCCCGGCUAUGAUCCGCGGGGCGACCAGCAGAAAUUGCGGCAGAGGGUGUCGUACCUGGUGGCAAUGCUGCUGAAGCUGGGCUUCUGUCUGACGCUGUGCGCCCGGUUGGAGAGGCUGACGGACAUCUGGCUCAGCGUGGUGUGUGUCCCCCUCUGGGCCCUGCUGGUCGGGGCCAUGGUAAAGGUUGGCUGCAAUGUCUUUCACUACCGGAGAGACUGAGAGGAUGGAGAGGGAGAAAGAUGGAGAUUGAUUUUAUUUACUCCGUCUAAAGACUGCAAGUGAGUCUGUAAGGGAGGUGAAUGGGAGAUUAUUGUAAUCCACUGCAGGAGAAACUGAACUGAAAAGGAUGGAGAUGAAGAUAAGAAAUGGAUUGGUUUAUUUUCACUACAGCAGAGACUGAAAGAAGCUCAGCUAUAAUUAAAAUACAUUUGCAUCUGA